UCAAAAAUGUGGAAAAUUUAUAAACCGUUAUUGGUUUUACUACUGCUGCAAGCUGCUCAGAAGCACACCGCCGCAAAGCCUACAGUGCCGCAAUACAACAAUGCCACACUGCAACUCUCGCGGGGCAUACAAAUGUCGGCAUAUAUGAAUGGAAAUGCAAAUCCGUGCGACAACUUCUACAACUGGGCCUGUGGACGAUGGGCGUUUAAUCAUCCCGCGUCGACAGGGAGGAACAAAACCUCAUUUGUUGGGCUACUAGAGGAUUUGUAUGUUAGCAAAUGUGCCGCAGCGCUGCAGGAGCCUAACAGUGAGAGCAGCAAUAAUAACGGUGCAACUGCGACUGAUACAUACCUGAACAAUUUACUGAAGGCGGUCUUUGACUCAUGCCGUGAUACGCAGACCAUUAAGACCGUGGGUUAUGCGCCUAUUUGGGAUGCACUUAAUUUUCAACUCGGUUGGCCGCUCAUAACCGACAAUGAUUGGUUCGAAGACGAGUACGAUUGGCUCAAACUUGUGGUGUUGGCAAAGCGUAAAUUUAAUGUGGACGUUUUUAUAGCGUUCGACGUAGUGACGGAUCUGCAGCACGCGGACAAAAGCCGCAUACAACUAGGCGCGCCUGCUUUAGAGUUGGAGAAACACACCAACUAUGCGCGCUACGUACAAAAUAAGCUGCAGCAAUUCUUUCCCGAGAUGAGUAACGCUUGGGCGCAAGAGCUCGCCUCGCAGGUGCAGCAAGUGGAAGAACAGUUGGGCAAAGCAUUGCAGAAUGUGACACAGGAAACGACGCCACUCGAGCGCUAUGUGGCUGAAUUGAAGGCCUCCUACGGCAGUUUUGUGGAUCUCAGCCGCUAUCUGCAGCUGAUGUUCGAUCGCCCGAUUAACGAGAAGAUUUACGAAAUGCCGAAGGGAUAUUUCAAAAAUCUUGUCGAUAUCAUUAGACUCACACCGAAACUGACGCUAGCCAAUUACACGCUGUGGAAGGUUUUGGACCGCUUCGACUUGGGUGGCAGCAAAGAGUUUUGUGUGCACAAAUUGAUCGACUUUUUCCCACACGAAAUGGAGUAUUUCUACAACCGCAAUUACGAAGAUACCGAACUAUUCCAAGAACUGCAGACAAUGUUCCACACUAUCAAAUAUAACCUAAAUAGCGAGUUGCAAACUUCGCCGCGCUUUAGUUGGAUAUCACCAAAAACAUUGCAGAACUUACGCGAGAAACUGCGAGCAAUGCGCAUAGAGGUCUUGCAACCGCAGGAGCAUAUCGGUUUCUUUCAAGGUGGCAUCAAGCCCGCCAACAUGUAUCCCGAUCAAUACUACAAUAAUAUCAUCAAUUUGCUGGAGUGGCAAAAUGAAAAGCAGUUACUCAAGCUGCAUCAGGCCGCCGCGCUACUGCAUGUACCGCAAAAUAGCCCAUCUUAUACGCUAAAGUUGCUGCCCACUUACAACACACAAACGAAUAUCAUACAAUUCCCAGUGGUCUUCCUACAGCCACGCUUCUUCUGGGAUACCUCGUAUCCGACAUCCAUAAAGUAUGGCACUUUCGGUUUCGUUUUGGCGCAACAAAUUGUACGCGGCCUGAGUGAGAACGACAGCGAAGCUGGUCAACAGAAAGUGUGGGAUAUUGCCUCCGAAUUGACCUUCGUCAAACGUUCCAGCUGUUUUGCUGAUCAGCCGUAUUAUUCAGCGAAAGAGUUUAAAGGCAAAAGUGUGAACGAUCGCGAACGCCUGAAGAAGGCCUUUAUAGAUAAUGGUGGUCUUUCUUUAGCUUAUCGCUUAUAUGAGAAAUGGACGCAAGGUAAAAGUGAGCAAGACAUCAGCGUCUUACCACGUUUGCCAAAUAAACAUAGACAGCAGUUCUUCCUCGCCUAUGCGCAGCUCUUCUGCGCCGAUUAUGCCGACGAAGUGCUCCAGUUUGUGGACUUGCCAGAAGCCUUGCGUUUAAACGGUGCUGUAGCGAACUUAAAUGAGUUUGGAAAUGCAUUUGAAUGUGGAGUGGAACAUACGAUAAAGGACAAGUGCGUUAUAUUUUAG